AUGCAAAGUAGUGUUGAUUAUGAAUUAUUAAGUAAAUCCUUCUUUUAUUGUAAUAAACGAGUUUAUAAAAAAAGUAGUACUUUUGAUAAAGUUAUUAAUAGAAUAAAUGUGAAAUAUUUCGAAAUGGAAAGAUAUUUAGGUAAUGCAAACUAUAAUAUGGAUUACUUAAACCCAGUUUUAAAUCAUCCAACAAAAAUUGAGCAUGGGAAAAUAAAAAUUUUGAUUUUAGAUGCACCAACAAAUGAUUUAUUACCAUUAUAUAUAAAAGAAAUGAAAAAUUAUAAUGUGACUGAUUUAGUUCGUACAUGCGAGAGGACAUAUAAUGAUGGUGAAAUAAAAAAUGCAGGAAUAAAUGUUCAUGAAUUAAUAUUCCCAGAUGGGGAUGCCCCAAAUGUAGAUAUUGUUAAUAAUUGGUUAAACAUUGUAAAUAAUGUAAUUAAAAAUAAUUGCGCAGUUGCCGUUCAUUGUGUAGCAGGGUUAGGUAGAGCACCUGUUUUAGCUUCUAUUGUAUUAAUUGAAUUUGGAAUGGAUCCUAUUGAUGCAAUUGUUUUUAUACGAGAUAGAAGAAAAGGUGCAAUUAACAAAAGACAGUUACAGUUUUUAAAAGAAUACAAGAAAAAAAAAAAAAAAAAAAAUUGUCUGAGAAAAUGUCAUUUUAUGUAA